AUGGCCACAUCACAAGCGGACCCGGAAACUGACUUUUCAGGCUGUAUUCGCAAAGGAAGACGAAACGCUUGUGUAGAAAUCAAGUACUGCACAUGUGAAACUGCUGAUAACAAGACAGAGGGCGCAGCUAAAGAUGAAUCACUCAGAGAAUCAUGCCCGAAACAUAAAAAGGCAGAUGAGACGAGUUUAAUCGCAGAUACUAAAGAUACGUAA